CGCGCGGGGGAGGACGAAGAGCAGCAGCAGACCGGAGCACCGGGAGGCAGAGGGACAAUUAAGACAAAGACCCGGUGAAACGGGAGUUUAUCGGAGGGAAUCCUUGGCAAGUGACUCGUUUCUUUUCAGCCCCAGGGAUUUCCUCAUGGGGAGUUAUAUCGGGAAAGCCGAAAGUCCGACCGCGGACUCUGGGAGGCCAAGAGCCGGGAGAAAUCCCCGAGAGCAACUGCGUGAAAAACUGUCCAGARCCAACCAUGCUGUUUACUCCCCGAACAGAAGGCUGUCGUUCUCGGGGGAGCCGCUGGGCACCGCGAGCAGGUUCACCAUCACCCCGCAGCGUCACUACCCCCUGCAGCAGCCGGGUGUGUCCUCAGUGGGCGUUCUGCCUCCCGUCAAGUGGGACAGUUUCAGGAAGAAGAACGUCCUGAGUCCUCGAAACUCCCAAGCUGCCCUCAGCCCCGUCACUGUCAAGAUCGCCAGGCCCGACCACAACAAMCCCAGUCUGAACCACCUCAGGUGUGCUGGGCUCACCAGGACCCCUGCAGACCCCUGCUCCAGAGAGAGCGUCCUCAAGGUGUUGAAGGAAAGCCGCAAAAGGGAAGUGGAGGACGAGGACAGGAGCUUGGCAACGGAGCAGAAAAGCAAAAGAAGGCGUAAUGACAGCGGUGGAAGUUCCCACUCUGCUUUUGAUCGGCUGUUGCCCAAUGGAACACCAUCACAGCUGGUUCCUAAGCCAGGCAGCCUUAAAAGAGGAAUUACCUCAAUGGAAGACGAGAGCACCAUGAAGAGGUCUCGCACCUCCUCCAUCAGUUCUGGCUCUGGGGCUCAUUUCCCCAGAGGGACUUGUGGCACCAAGAGAAAUGCCAUUCAGAGCUCCUACAGCUCUUCAGCGGGUUUCAGCCAGUGGAAGAAACUGUCGAUGCCCAGCUCUCCUCUGUCCAGUCCCGAAUCGUCUCGCUCUCAGACUCCAGAGGGGCUGUCAAAAAGACCCAGAGAAGACGACACACAGUCUCCCAGCUCAGCAUCUUCAGUGAAGUCAGAUCAUCCGGCGUCAGAACAGGCGCCUGAUACUGCAAAACAAACUCCAGCCCCCAAAGUCCCCGUCACGACCUCAACAGACUCCACUGGAAGUGGUGGGAAGAGAAAAAGGAAGAUCCAGCUCGUGUCCAGCCACCGGGACGAUCACAUCUCACUGCCCCCUCCUCCUGAGCUGGGCUACUCUGUCACCGCAAAAGAUCUAGAUGAGGAGAAGAAAGCGGCCAUCAGUAAGAUCCAGAAAGUCCUGGAGACGCCUGCUCCAGAACCACCGAAGGCUGUGUCUCCUGCAGCCACCACUUCCUCUCAACCUGCUCCCUCCUCCACCACCGCCACCACCCUGAUCAGCCUUCUGACAGCUCCCCUGCCCACAGCAUCCAGCUCCGCUGGUCCGGUAAUCAACCUGGACCCGAGCCCAAGCAGCAGCAGCAGCAGCAGCACAGCUCCCACAGUCACCAAGUCCCUCCUGGAGACUCUGAAGAUGAAGACGAGUUCUCCUGCUAACGCUGCAUCUGCUGCCAGUUCAACCACAGUGUCAGCGUCACCCACACCUCUACAAGUCAGUAGCUUUACCCCGAAGACAUCAACUACAAUCCAACAGCCCCCACCUUACUCCCAGUCUCAGCCCCCUUCUGCUGCUGCAGGGCAGCCUUCUGCCUUCACUCAGAUGCUGGGUCAGGUUCCCAAGGCUCUCACCAGCACCCCAUCUGUAGUAGGACCCACCAUGUUUGGGCUAUCCAGUCAGGUCAGCGUCCCCUCUGCUUCGACAGCCUCCACCUCCAUCACGUCUACUGCCCCCCCAGCCAGCAGCUCUGAGUCCGUCAGCACCACCAACCCUCUGCUGGCUGCUGGGUUCAAGCCCAUUUUCCCAGCAGCCACCACCUCCCCAGCUGUACCGUCGUUUGAAAACAAACCCUCCCUCCAAAAUUUCAAGCCCAUUUUUGGAGACAUCACAGCAGCAGGCUUUGCGCAGCCCCCUACAGUCACCGCCCCCUCCACAGCCUCUACGCCCYCUGCCAGUACCACCUCCUCCAUGUUUGGAGCAUCAUCCAGCAGCACCACGUUGGCCCCACCUUCUUUCUCUGGCUUUAACAACACGUCUGCUGGAACAGCCUCCUCAGYUUCAGCCACAGCGGCGCAGCCGGCAGCCCAAACAGCUGUGAAAUCCCUCUUUGGAAACUGGUCCGCACCCCCCACCACAAGCAGCAGCUCCUCCUCAGCGCAGCCCACCAGCACAGGAAGCACAUUUCAGUUCGGAGCUGGCGCCGCACCAACAACCGCAGUGGUGUCUGUUGCCCCUGCGGCCGCCCCCACCACUUCCUCCAGCACAGGCUCCUUCACGUUUGGCGUCACCCAAACUAACCCUCAGGCGUCCAGCCAGAAGAUAUUUCCCUUUAGUCAGACUGCACCAGGCCAAAACACAACCACUGCUUCGUUUGGAGCCUUUGCCAUGACCAACACCGUCUCCACCGCUGCUGCCACCUCCACCACCCAGUCCACCUUCGCCUUUGGAAAGCCAGCGUUCGAAGCUCCGGCUGCACAACCGACCUUCAGCUCUUCAGCAGCUCCAAAACCCUUCCCCUUCGGAGCUGGCGGCGUGUCAUCGGCACCUGCUUCUAACCCCGCCCCGGCCCCCUUCGCCUUCGGAGCUGCCGCCACCACGGCCGCCACCUUCGGGACCCCGGCUAAACCGGCGUUUGGAGCCAGUUUUGCUUURGGCGCUAACUCGGCUCCUUCAGCCGCACCCUCGGCCGCGCCAYGCUUCGGCGCAGACACCCAGACUCAGAGCUCCUCUUCGACCACGUUCACAUUUGGAGGUGCUGCUCCUCAUCCGGCUCCUUCCAGCUCCACUCAGCCUGCGCCCGGUGGCUUUAACUUCGGUGAAGGUUUGCCCCGCCCCCAGUUUGGAACUCCGGUUUCCAGUAAUCCUGCUCCACAGAUGGGAGCUUUUAACUUCGUGGCUGCAGCAUCAGACAAACCAGUUUUUGGGACGUCCACUCCAUCGUUUGGUCAGAAUUCUGCUGCAGGUCCAUUUGGCAGCCCUGGAACUCCAGCCCAAGGCUUCAACCCUGUUUCAUUUGGAUCACCUGCGACUCCCACUUUCUCGAUCGGCGCUGGAUCAAAGCCACCUGGAUCCCGUCAGAGGCUGCAGGCCCGGAGGCUCCACAACAGGAAGAAGUAACCAGGCAGGCGAGUCCAACGCGGCUCUUCAGAGGACCUCGGCUGCUGCCGCCAAGGCUAACCUGACUAACAUCGCUGUUCUGAGUCCAUCAUCCUCCAAUCAAUCCGCCACCCUGUCUGUGUCCCUUCAGCCCAGCAGCGGGGUGAGCUGGCCCAGAAUCGUGUUGGCAGAGGAGUUAUUUAAGUGUGAAAAAAAGCACAGCGACUCGGUGAGGGGAAUGUAGCAGUAGCGAGAAAGAAUCCAUGGCGACGCUUUUUGCCUGGAAAGAGACAGAAAAGACAGUCGAUUAGUUUGAUUCUGAACAAAAAAUACCCAAAGUUCCUCUUGUUCUUACAGAAAAUGGACAGUCCCGUUGAUAAGAGGGGAAAGCUGAGUCGGGUGAAGACGCAGAGCCUCGGKUCGGGCAUUUAUUUUUUUACGUCUCCGGUUCGUAUGUUACCGAAUGUUUGCGUUUUGUCCUGAAUGGAGGUGUGUGUGUGUGCGCGCAGCUGAGUCACAUGAGGUACACGUGAAGAAACAAGACGUUUAAAUUAUUUUUUAAAUUGGCUUUUUCGACCUUUUAAAUGAAUGACGUGUUUCUGCACUUAAAAGGGCAACUCGGUAAAUGUCUUAAUGUAGUUUGUGCAGACACGUGUGCAUUUUAUUUCAUGUCAUUACGUGCAUUCCCAGAGUCCUCCUGUGGAUGGCCUUCUUUGUUUUUUUUUGUUUUUUUGCCAACGUUGAUGUGAGUUGCAGGUCUGAUUGCGGAUUAGGAUGACUACUUUUUGACUUGUGCUGACAAACCAAAGCCAACUGUUAAACUUCAUGCCUGUGAAAAGAAUCUGAUCAUUAUUUCAACUUUUUUUUAUUUUUUAACGCUGAGAUGUGUGUGUUUGUGCCAGACUACCUCUUUUUAAUCCCAGGCACUGAAAUGUUUUAGUAAUUCACUUCCAAUUUCAGACGGAGUGGAUUAGAUUAUUAUUUUUGUUUUUAUUUCAGCUGCGGUUUUUUGCAAAUGUGGCGAUAGUUUGCAUGAUUUUAAAGAUCUGGACAACACACUUCAGAAAAAUUACAAUAUUAACCUGACAUCGGAUUACGCUCUGUUCCUUUAUGCUGCAGUUUCAGAGUUAAUGUCUUAUAUUUCCACACUGGUUUGAGGAUUUUUGUUUUGUUUUUUGUUUUGUCAAGCAAAUGUAACAUCAAAUCAUUUCAUGUCUGCUAUUUUAUCCAACUGGUUUGUUCUUGUUUCUUAUCGCCUCUUGUGAAAACUGAGCAGCAUCUGAUGCAGUUACUCGUGGUCAAUUUGAAUGAAUAAAAAUGAGUUUGGGGUGUGGAUGUUAGAACAAAAUACACAUUAAAGGUCUUUUUUGUCACUGAAAUGA